ACUGAUGGAGGAAAUAAAAGUUUCCAAACCGGAGCGAAGUGGACCUUAAAAAGGCAGAGGAUCCGCGCUUUCGAAAAGUUGGCUGUCUUGUGAUGGAAGGGGAACAGAAAAAGAGACUUUGGAACCCCCUGCUAACUUCCUGUGCGGUCUUGCAAGGAGGGUCAGGGGGUGGGAGGGGCGCCUCGGGCAGAUCAUGUGAGGAUGAGUGAGAUAAAAGGGUUUUUUUUCAGCAGAAAGGACGCGGCGCGCUUGCUUUUUCUUUCAAUUUCUUGCGUGGCUUUUCCUACUUCUGCUGCGGGGUUUGUGUGUGCGCGCAACAUGGGCUUUUCCGGGCUUUUUUGCAGCGCUGUGCUCCUUGCCCUCGUGGCUCCUGCUCAGGCAGGCAGGAACUUCCGCCUGUUCCGCCAGUAUGUCCUGCAGCGCCAAGAGGAGCAGGCGUCGAAAGAGGCUUAUUCCCGCUUGCAGCGUCUGGAACGGAGACCGGGCCCGAUGGCGCCAUGGGACCAGGUUAUGGAGGGCUCCAUCCGCCAACCCCUGGACCACUUCAAUAGGGAGGUCCAUCAAAUGUUCAACCAGCGGUUCUGGGUGAACACACAAUACUGGCAAAUCCCCAGCGGUCCUGUCUUUCUCUACAUCGGGGGAGAGAGUGGCUUAAGUGUCUUUUCUGUGCUGUCAGGGCAUCAUGUCGACCUGGCGGAGAAGUACGGGGCUCUUGUGGUGGCCUUAGAGCACCGUUUUUACGGCGCCAGCCUCAACCCUGACGGCCUGCAGGAUCGCAACCUCCAGUUCCUCUCUAGCCAGCAAGCGUUGUCUGACCUAGUGUCCUUCCACCGGCUGGUCACCCAGAAAUACAGUCUGACAGCAAACAAUACCUGGAUUUGCUUUGGAGGUUCAUACCCGGGUUCUCUGGCGGCUUGGUUCCGACUCAAGUUUCCCCAUCUGGUUUUCGCUGCCGUCGCAUCUUCUGCUCCAGUCCGAGCCCAGCUGGAUUUCACCGGAUACAAUAAAGUUGUUGCUGCAAGCCUCUCAAAUCCAGUGGUUGGUGGUUCCAAAGAGUGUCUUGAGGCCGUCAUGGAGGCCUUCUCGUCCGUGCAGCAUCUGGUGCGUGCCGGGCAGUUGACCAUGCUGGCGAAGGACUUCCGCUCCUGUGGGGCUCUGGAAGGGUUCAACGACUGCCUCGAGAUGCUCAGCAACCUGGCCGACAUCUUCAUGGGUGCCGUGCAGUACAACAACGAGGGUGGCGCCCUGUGGGGCAAUGUGGCCAGCCUGUGCAGGAUCAUGACCAACAACAACACCGGCUCCCCCUACCAACGGCUUAUUGAGGCCAACAACGUAUUCAUAGAGAAUUUGAAGUCCACCUGUGUAGAGAACUCGCAUGCCAAGACAUUGGAGGAACUGCGCAACACUAGCAUCACUGGGAUAGGUGUGGGGGAGAGACAAUGGUACUUCCAGACAUGUACAGAGUUUGGGUAUUACCAGACCUGCGAGGACCCCACCUGCCCCUUCUCCCACCUCCUGAACCUCACGUUCUCCCUCGACAUCUGCCAGCAAGUCUUCAACAUCUCCUCCCGCAACACCCAGGAUGCUGUCUCAUUCACCAACGACUACUACGGAGCCGACCACCCCAAAGCCAGCCGCGUCCUUUUUGUCAAUGGCGACAUCGACCCGUGGCAUGCUCUGAGCAUCGUCAAGAACCAGUCCCGUUCUGAGCUGGCCCUUUUAAUCAAUGGCACGGCGCACUGUGCUGACAUGAUAUCACCCAAGCCCACCGACCCACAGCCACUGGUCCAAGCCAGAGAGAAAAUCACCUCUCAAGUUGGUGAAUGGCUGAACUUGGCGAAAAAGAUCCCUCGAGAUGGCUGAGCCGCCCAGCGGGAAGACUUGUGACUUUAAACUGAAGGAGCCUUUGCCUGCAUCCACCGUGGAACUGCUGAACGACAUUGUUCCGACCUCUUGUCUUUGACUCUUACAACAUAGGAACUGUGAUUUUAAUUUUUUUUUAUGGUUUCUGUGCAUCGCCUUGGGACCGAUGCUUCUCCCACAAUGCUUUUUUUUUAAAAA